GCCAGGCGUCCUUCACUCUGUGGCACCUCCUGCCAUCAACUUCCUGGUUGGGCCCGUGGACCUGUCUCUGUUCGCCUUCCACCAAAAUGGCCUUGUCUCUGGCCUUCCUGAUCCAGGAGCAGAAUCUCCCCUCGUGAAGAAGAGCACAGGUCCAGACACGUGAGACCGGCUCCAUGUAUCCGGAAUCGACCACAGGCUCCCCAGCUCGGCUCUCCCUGCGGCAGACGGGCUCCCCUGGCAUGAUCUACAGUACUCGGUAUGGGAGCCCCAAAAGACAGCUCCAGUUUUACAGGAACCUGGGGAAGUCGGGCCUGCGGGUCUCCUGCCUGGGGCUCGGAACAUGGGUGACCUUUGGAGGCCAGAUCACCGACGAGAUGGCAGAGCAGCUAAUGACCUUGGCCUACGACAACGGCAUCAACCUCUUCGACACUGCGGAAGUCUACGCAGCGGGCAAGGCAGAAGUGGUUUUAGGGAACAUCAUUAAGAAGAAGGGAUGGAGGCGCUCCAGCCUCGUCAUCACCACCAAGAUCUUCUGGGGAGGAAAAGCGGAGACCGAAAGGGGCCUUUCCCGGAAGCACAUAAUAGAAGGUCUGAAGGCCUCCCUGGAGCGGCUGCAGCUCGAGUAUGUGGACGUGGUGUUUGCCAACCGCCCGGACCCCAACACGCCCAUGGAAGGGGACCCAUUUAGUUCCUCCAAGUCCAGGACAUUCAUCAUAGAAGAGACCGUGCGUGCCAUGACCCACGUCAUCAACCAGGGGAUGGCCAUGUACUGGGGCACGUCACGCUGGAGCUCCAUGGAGAUCAUGGAGGCCUACUCGGUGGCCCGGCAGUUCAACCUGAUCCCACCCAUCUGCGAGCAGGCCGAGUACCACAUGUUCCAGCGCGAGAAGGUGGAGGUGCAGCUGCCCGAGCUCUUCCACAAGAUCGGAGUGGGUGCCAUGACGUGGUCCCCUCUGGCCUGCGGCAUCGUCUCCGGAAAGUAUGACAGCGGCAUCCCGCCCUACUCGAGAGCGUCCUUGAAGGGCUACCAGUGGCUAAAGGACAAGAUCCUGAGUGAGGAGGGCCGGCGCCAGCAGGCCAAGCUGAAGGAGCUGCAGGCCAUCGCGGAGCGUCUGGGCUGCACCCUCCCGCAGCUGGCCAUAGCCUGGUGCCUGAGGAACGAGGGGGUCAGCUCCGUGCUCCUGGGCGCUUCCAGCGCUGACCAGCUCCUGGAGAACAUCGGAGCGAUACAGGUCCUCCCCAAACUGUCGUCUUCCAUCGUCCACGAGAUUGAUAGUAUUUUGGGCAAUAAACCCUACAGCAAAAAGGACUACAGGUCCUAAGAUGCCCGCUGCCGCCCGGACACGUUCCGUCCCCCCCAGUCUCUCUGUCGUCCGCUUGCUUAAGCUGUUUUGAAGCCAAGUCAAGAAUGUGGUUUGCAUCAAAAAGAAAACAAUGCGCCAAGAUGUCAUCGGGAAAACAUCCCACAAGUCGCUGCAACACACCAUCCACUGCUUCCGCGGGGCCCACCUUGUGCCGGGGAGACGGUACUGAUGAUUGGACGGAGGUCGAGGGGUUCCCCCCAAGCCUGCGGCCUCUGCUCACCCUCCAAGAAGAAACCAGCACGUCUUCUCCCAGCCGAGGUCCUUCUUGGGGACCCCUCGAGUCCAGGCCAGGAGGACCAGCGGGGCCUGGGGGCAGGCAGGGCCGGCCUCUCCUCUGCCGAGAGCCCCCACCUGGUGUUGGGGGAAGGGAAGAGGAAGCCCCGCCCGGUCUUCCUGUGGCCCUUCUGCAGGGCCCUGGACGUAGGGGCUGGGCCUUCCCCCGGGGUCUCCCUCUGACCAGGGGCUCCAGGUACUUUCCGAUGGGCCCGACCUCAGAUGCUGCCCCUCCCCUUCUGCACCGCCAUCCGCCCUAGGGGGUCAUUGAGGGCAUUUCUUGCCAUCCCUUGACCCCUGCCUCCUCCCUGCCUGGCACGGGCAGGGGUCCGGGAGAUUGGCUCUGCAGUUUGGGACCCGCGAAAAGCUUGGGGGUCUGAUUUCAAGUUCAUCGCCCCACAUCUUGCUCCCUGCCCAGCAGAUGGGCCCCGGCUGGGGCAGUCGGCACACCCGGGGUCGGGGGCCCUGUGGAGUGGGCUCCAGCCCCGGUCCCUCCAGGGCCUCACCUGCCCUCCCUGCCAGGCACCCAGUCCGCUGCCCCUCUGUCCUUGCCCCAGGGGGCCCCGGGGUUGUGCGUGCUGAGCUAGAUGGUGGCUGCUGACCACUUGCGGGGGAGCCGGUGUCCGUUCUGCCCGGUGGCCUUGGGGUCUGGGGAGAGCAGGCUCACAGCCCUCAGGAUGCACCCAGCAGCAGCCCCCCGCGGAGGCAAAGGCCCCGGGAGGCCCCCUACAGAGAGGAGCCCCCCUACAGAGAGGAGCCCUUGUGAGGCAUCAGGUCAUGCGGGGUUGGCCUGGCCCCCUCGAGGUGCUAAGUGUCUCUGCUCAGAGCUUGGGAUCCAGGCAGAAGGGCAGCAGCGCCACCCCGGGGCGCCCCACACCCUGGGAAAGGGAGGAUGUCGCUUUCACAGCGCCCCCCAGCCGGCAGGACACUGGGGACAGAGGAAGGGCAGGGCGGACAGCCGGCCCCCCGGGCACCCCCACAGCCUGACGCGCGCCCCGGGGGGCAGGCAAGCGGGUCCUGCUCCCAGAGCCGCCGCCGCCCCCGAGGCUGCCGCUGUCAGAGGGCCUGCCGCAGUCCUGGCGGGGCCGAGGCCCGGGGACGCUUGGAGAGAACCUCAGGGGCAAGGGGGGCGGGCAGACAGCUUUCCUCACCCCUGACCUUUGUGCAGACCCCAGAGUCUAAAACCUUCCCCUUCCUUGUGAACCGGGCCUUCGGGGCUCUCCUCCAUGAGUCUCCUACAAACGUCACCCCGCGGGCGUGGGGAGGGCGCUGCUCCGUGGACAGGCCCUUGGUGGGCGUUGCGUCGGACCCACCCCUCCCUGGGGAGAGCGGCCGGGCCCCUCCCCACUGCC